GGCUCUUCGUGGCGCAUCGUCCCGGCUGGCUGUCUCUCUCAGCUCCCGGGCGGGGUGCAUCCACCGCUACAGCGACCAACAUCCACGCGUGGGAGCCGCAAGAUAACGGCUGUUGCUGCGUGGGUGGGUGGGUGGGUAUAGAGCUGCAUCCUACGGACAAGCGUCCCACUCACGGAACGGCCUGUCCGGCGAUGGCCAGCCAGGCUGCGGAUCGCGACGUCCGGCCGGGGUGCGUGGAGUCGACGAGCCACCCGGAGCCAGCAUGCCGGGAGGCGCAGAAGUGGAUCGAGGCGGUCACAGGGAAGAGUUUCGGAGACAAGGACUUCCGCAGCGCCUUGGAAAAUGGCAUCCUGUUAUGCGAGCUGCUCAGUGCAAUCAGACCAGGCCUGGUCAAGAAGAUCAACAGACUGCCCACCCCCAUCGCCGGCCUGGACAAUCUUUCCGUCUUCCUGCGAGGCUGCGAGCAGUUAGGCCUGAAGGGCUCGCAGCUGUUUGACCCUGGUGACCUGCAGGACACGUCCAUGAGAGCCAACCUCAAGGACUCCGACUGCACCCGCAAACUUAAAAACGUGCUGAACACCAUGUUCUGGCUGGGCAAAGCUGCUCGCGGCUGCGCCUCCUACAGCGGACCAACGCUCAACCUGAAGGAGUUUGAAGGACUGCUGGCACAAAUGAAGAUGGACAGCGAGGAGUCAGCGGACGGCUCCCAGAAGCGUAGCGUUCGUGACAGUGGCUACGACUGCUGGGACUCGGAGCGCAGCGAGUCGCUCUCUCCGCCGAGACAUACCCGAGACAACUCUCUCGACAGUCUGGACUCUUUUGGCUCACGCUCGCAGCACAGUCCUUCACCCGAUGUGGCCAACCGAAGCAACACUGACGGACGAGCCAGCGAUUUGGAGGCCGACGCCGCCGGCAGGAAGCCAGAUGUGCAGAAGGACGACAUGUCGGCCAGACGGAGCGCCAGCGGCGAAUCGCGUAGCUCCAUUCCCUUCAACCAGUUCCUCCCCAACCGAAGCAACGCCAGCUCCUACGUGCUGAACCCGCGGCGGAAAUCCCACGUGGAGGACGGAGAGCAGCGCAGCGAGGGGGAGCAAAUCCCUGACAUGGUUACACGCAAAGACUCCGCCCCUCGUCGCAGGGAGGGAGAGGAAGAGGAGGUCGCGAGGGCGACGGGAGAGGCCGAGGAUGUGGGAGGCGAGGGAAAGGUUAAAGCCACGCCCAAUGUGCAGACGGACGACCUGGCUCUUAGGCGGGCUCAGGCUAGGCCACGCCCCCUUCACAGGGACGGACCGGUGAGCUUGGCGUCCGCUGCCAUGAGCCAAGCAGACCUGGAGAAGUGGGAGAAGCUGAGGAUGACUGAACCCAGCGAGCCUAGCCCCGCCCCCGUGUGUCAGGCUUGUCUGGAGAAAACGUACACAAGUUCCCCGGGCGGACGGGGUCACAGAAAAUCGGUGACCUUUGGCGGCGUGACCGAGAUCGGACAGCCAGUAGGUUCGUUCGCACUGAGCGAAGGGUCGGGGUGGGAGUUGCUAAGACGACUCCUCUCCAAGGCGACGGUCGCCGUGCCGACCAUUGGCCUGGGCGCCCUGCUCUCAGAGCGGGAACGCAGCCUCACUGAUGGAGGGCCCCACUGUGAAACAACAUCCAACCUUUCACCUGGGGCUCCAGAGGCUCCUCGCUCUCCUGCUGAGCUGGACGCCUGUCUGGAGAAGAGGAUGGAGGAGGAGCAGGAGGAGGAGGAGAAUGAGGAAGAGAGGACGCCAGAUGUUCGUAAAGAUGACAUGAUGGCGAGAAGAACGGGAGUUUUCCACAAGCAGAGCGCGUCGGCGGCAUCUUACAACCACUUCCUGCCUCUGCCGGCCUCCAAGCGCUGCCCCCGAGGCGAGGUGGGCUCUGCAGAAGUAGACUGGAUGAAGAACGGCAACGUCAGAGGAGCGAGGGAUGCGGGCAGGGAUGAGAUUGCAAAUGUAACAGUGAAGCAGGAACAUGUUGAUGAUGACGAUGAUGGUGGUGAUGGUGGUGAUGAAAACGAGCCUGUGCCUGUCCUGGAGAAGGAUGACAUGAUGGCUCGUAGGACGGGGGCCUUCCAUAAAUCAAAUUUGGCCUUCAGGCAUUUCCUGCCGGUGCCAGGAGCGCUUAAAUACAACGCCACCACUCACGCUCCCGCGGUGAAGCAAGCCAAGCUCGCUGAGAAGGUGGCGAGCGAGAGCAGCGGCGUCGGCAUGGUGACCCAACGUCAGACUCCGCCCCCUGAACCCUGUCCCAAGAAGUGCGUAGGGCUGGAGGAGCACAAAGGGGACUCUCUUAAGGCCCCUGCUUCCCUGUCCUCUCCAUCCCUCCGCUCGGAGGCUGUCCUCCCGCCUUGUAGGGAGGCGGAGUUAGGAAGUAAGGUGGCGAGGGCUGAGGAAAGGAUGGAGGAGAGCAAAAAGGACGAUGCGCCAAGAAAGAAAGCCUUCUGGGUGGAGGAUGAUCUGCCACCAAUAAUGGUGAGCCGGCGAGUUGCUUUAAUGUCUGAGGACGCCGAGAGCGUGAGCCUGAGCGAUAUUGUCAACGAGGACGAGGCGGGACAUUUGCCGCAUGCGCUCAGCGUGUCGCGUCACGAGCGCAUGCAUGAGCAGUACAACAGCUUCCAAGAGGAGGACGACCAGUGGCGAAGCGACUUGGCGCGGUGGAAGACCCGGCGUCGCUGCACCUCGCAGGAGCUGAUCAAGAAAGAAGAGGAGAGGAAAAGGAUGGAGAGAAUGAAAGAAGAGGGAGGCGACUGCAACAAGAGGAAGAGCAUCAAGACCUACAAGGAGAUUGUGGAGGAUAAGGAGCGCCGAGAAGCAGAGCUGUGCGAGGCCUAUCGCAACGCAGCCACUCCAGAGGAGGCGGCCAUGGUUCUGCAACGCUACGCUCUCCGCUUCACCAUCAGCGACGCCACGCUGGACUACCUCAAGCUCCCAAGGUCCACCUCGGACCCCGAAGAGGCCCUAAAUCAGGCGCCGCACACGCAGGAAGCAGUUAAUGAAAUGUUGGAGGAGCCAGCAUCAACAGAAGAGGAGAGCAUGAAAUGUGAAGAGAUAAAAACAGUGACACUCGAUACUUUCUCCGACCCGCUGACGCCCACUGGGACGCUCCACUCUCCAGAAAACACAUCCAAAGAAUUCAACCAACGUCCAAUCCAAACACGUCCAGAACAACUCAUCCCUGUGGACGCUCCGUCACAGUCCAGAACCAACCCACCUGAGGUCAUACAAGUGCAACCUCCCACCGUAAAGCCCGUACUGACGAUACCCUCGCCUUCAUCGGCACCUUCCCGACCCGUCCCUCUGCUUGCCGCCAAGCCCUACUGCCAGCCUCGGAGCUCACAUGGAGUCAAGAUGGACGGCCUUGUACGAAUAAACGGGGACUCGCCCGCUUCGCCGUCAGAGAAGAAAGACCUCUUCGCAAACGAGGCUUCGUCUUUAGAUCCUGAAAGUGUCCCCGAGAUGCCAGACAAGUCCCCUACUCCUCUUCAGGCGUCAUCCUCCUCGUCCUCUUCGUCGUCCUUCUCCUCGUCCUCCUCCACCAUCAGCUCGCUGUUCAGCGGGAGAAACUGCAUCACCAAAACCACCAUCGUCACGGAACUCACCCAAACGGUGGUGGAGCCACAGCAACUGGAGGUUGACGACCAGGUGAUCAACACUACCACGCUUGAGAAGGCAGCAGGAGAGCAGCCGGCUCGGUCGCCAUCUUUAUCAUUAUCGUCGACAAUCAGCAUCCCGGAAUAUUCUCCCACCGUCACAGAAGGACUGGAGGAGAGCAGUGUGAGCAUUGAGACCCCCAUGUUGAACUUGGCUAAACGUGUUAAUCACUGGGUCUGGGACCCCAAUGAGGAGCGUAAACGGGUGGAAAGGUGGCAACAAGAGCAGGAGCGCCUCCUUCAGGAGCAGUACCAGAAGGAGCAAGAGAAGCUGAAGAAGGAAUGGGAGAAAGCCCAGCUGGAGGUGCGGGAGCAGGAGCGCAAACACAACGAAGAGGAGAGAAGGAUUUUGGAGGAGACUGUAGUGCCCCUCAGCCCCGGCGUUCUUGUCCAACAGCAGUUAGUCCAUCCGGGGACCGCGUCACCAGCGUCACACGACGGCGACGGCGCCAUUCGCAAUCUCAUUCAUCAGCAAAAUGGGCAAAAAGAAGAUCAGCAUGUGUCAAAGCUGCACUUCCUCCAAGAUUCUUCUCAUGACAGCGAUCCAUGUAAGAAGCAAGACAUGUGGAAAACGACAUCCCUGGACCGGAACCUUCAGCCGAAUCUGCCACAAGGCGUGAAAAGGUGCGAUUCCCAUGAGGGUAUCACAGCAAAACAGCAGCAGUUGCCUCCAUCACCCACCAGGUGCGUUAGCGGGAAGAGGCUGUGUUCCGGUUGUUCACAGCCGCUGGGAAAAGGCGCGGCCAUGAUCAUCGACACCCUCGGGCUGUUUUUCCACAUGCAGUGUUUCAAGUGCGGCCUGUGCGAGGGGCAGCUGGGGGACGCCACGACUGGGACGGACGUAAGGAUCCGCAAUGGACUGCUGACUUGUCAUGACUGCUACAUUUCAUCUCGUGGCAGAGGACAGCCCACCACACUAUGAUGGCCUAUCACCUCUCUACUGGAAUCCUGGAGGGUACACUUUUGCUAUCAGUGUUGGGAACCAUCCAGAACCUUGAGUAAUAUUCUGGACAUAUCUAGGACCUCCCCAACACACAAACCGACCCUGAUCGCUUUAAAAUCCUUGUAUUUAACCAUAAACUGGAAAAUAAUGGACAGCAGAUAUUAUAAACAUGCAUACAGGAGUGUGUUUGUCCGCUGGUACAGUUGUGUAGCAUGAUAAGUGUAUUUAUGACGGCUAUACAAGCACUAAGCACAAUACAUCAAACCACACACGUGACUAACACAACUCUCAUUUUAUGUUUGAACUCGUCGCGUGUGAUGUAAAGGUAGCUCCACCAUUAUAAUGCCUUACCAUCUCAUUCUUUUCCUGGGUUCAUGCAUUUAUACUUAUGCAUGCGCAUAUACAAUAUAAGUUAUUGCAAGUGUCCCUUUGUGGGAAUCGCAUUGGUUUGACUUGCUUCACAAGAGUUUGCUAUUUAAGUUUGUCAUCACUUCAGAAUUUUACAAUGCAUGUUACUGACACAAAAUGAUGGAGUUUAAGUCUUUUCCCUUUAAGGUGUUUUAACCGUUGAACCAGUGCCUUAUGUGUGGAAUGCAAGUGUAUGUGUGGGUGUUUUUAUUUGACAUGCACCUACCGAUGUGCGCAUGCAUGUGUGUGUGUGUGUGAAUCGACUUGAAGAACAGUUCCAUACCAGCAAAUGAAAGAAGUGGCUCAGCCUCUCCUCAUCUCAUCCAGCGCCUCUUAUUGUAUAAUGUAAACCAAUUACACUACUUGCUGCUUCCCCGCUUGUUUUUAUCAUAGAAUUAUUCUCUCAUUUGUCAUUUCAUCACAUCCCUCACGCUGCCCUCGUCUGCCUCUAGAAGUGUCGCCUCCUCCCGAGUUUGAGCGUGACGCCUCUUUGUUUUCGCUCGCUGUGAAACGCUCUGCUCCGUUGUCUUUUAUAGCAAGUGUAUGUUUGUCAAUAAACUUGCUGUUGCAAUUGUUAUUGUUUUUUUUAAUCCAUUUUUAGAAUGAU